AUGCUGAGCAACUUGUAUCGACGUCCUAAAUUGCGGCUUCCGUGCUGGGCGCUCACGGCGGUACGCAACGAGCACACCAUGAAAAAAAUGGAUUUGCGUGAAACUGUUAGGAGACUGGACUAUGACGGAUAUCUGUGUGGCUUGCUGCUACCAUUAAAAAUACGCCCGUCGUAUUUUGCCAUCCGCGCACUGAAUGCCGAAAUCGCGACCAUCAAGGACUCAACACACAACAAUCCUAUCACGGGCCAAAUUCGCAUGCAAUGGUGGCGUGAGCGCAUUUUUAAAUUGUAUGAGUUUUCAUCUGCAGAUGAAGAGAGAGGACUGGAAGAGUCGACAAUUCUUUUACAUGGCUUGGAUCAGGCCAUUCAGAAGCACGAUUUGACGCGACGGUGGUUUGAAAGGCUGCUGGACGCGCGAGAUUUAGAUCUUAAUCGCGAUGAAGUGCAGAAUUUAGCGGAACUGGAAACUUACGCUGAGCAGACUGCUUCGUCAUUGCUGUUCCUUACGUUAGAGUGCCUAGGCGUUCGCGAUAAAAUGGCAGACAGUGCGGCAGAACACGCUGGCGUUGCAAUAGGUCUUGUAACACUGCUACGGGGAACACCAUAUCAUAGCUCACGAAAGCUGUCUUAUCUACCCACUGAUAUCAUGAAAAAGCAUUGUGUUUCCGUUGAGGAUCUGGUAGCAGCGGUAGAGGACUCUAAAUUAGGCGAAAAGGCAGCACCCGUGGUGUUUGACGUCGCCUGUCGCGCGAUGGAACACCUCAAUAAAGCCCGCUCAAUGCAGAACGAAAUACCGAGCAAGUCACGAAAUGUGUUUCUACAACUUGUUAGCUCGUGGCUAUAUCUGAAGGAUUUGGAGGCAGCAAACUUUAAUGCCUUCGUUCCGGAGCUGCAGCAGCGGAACAUGUUUCGGCUUCAUAUUCAUGUAUUGAAGCACUACUUCCUACGUAAAUAUUAA